AUGCAGGGUGCUGCCAGCGCCCCCGCGCCCCCCGCGGCUGAGCCGCCAUCUUCCCAACAUAUAAAAACAGAGGAAGUCAUCAGUGAAGCAAAGGUCGAGGCUGAUGAAGAAAUGGACGGAGUUCAAAUUGAAAAGAAAGAGCUUCGCGUCACUAGGACGACUAGCAUAGACAGCGACAACCGAUCAGACAGGAGCGAGGAAGAUGACUUGAGAAGAGCGCGCAAACGUGCUGCUUCCACCUCACCGUCACCCAAACCUAUGGACAAAAGAACAGCAAGGUUCGAGUGCCUAAAAUGCCGGCAGCGAUUCGAAUCUGCUAACGCAUAUGACCUUCAUAGAUUCACGGCGCACAGUGACGACACAAAAUCUGGAUUUGAUGACUUAACGUUCGUAGAUUUUUCCAGUAAAAAGUUCCCAGAGAUUGCCCGAGGAGUGUGUGAGCGUAACCCGCACGUGUCAGUGACUGACCAACGUUACCGAUGCGACAUGUGCUGUCGUGACUUUCCGUGUGGACAAGCUUUAGACAUUCACAAGACAUCCUGUCUGUCCAACACACGUAUCCCGAGCCCACGCGAAGAGCGCGAUCGCAGGGACGAUUUCUUUGCUAAAUUAGAUCUCACAAAUAGAUCGUUUGGUAUCACGGGUACAUUAACUCCACCGAUGGAAAGAUUUACACCCAAAUUUGACGAAAACCAUGUGACCAACGGCAUGAGACAUAUCGAUGCUGCCUGCGACUUCGCUGAUAUAAAGUCGAUUUUAAAUGUCACGUCUGCUGGUGGCCUGUUAGAGAGGCUCACUGGCACAAGAGUGGCCUUAGAAAGCUCAAUUUUAACCCCACCGGACACCAUCAUCAAAGAGAGAGAUCAGGAAGAGAGUCAAGAUAACUUCGCGGCAGAGUUUCGCCGCAUGAAACUGCGUGGUGAGUUCCCUUGUAGGCUAUGUCCUGCUAAAUUCCCCAACCUUCGAGCACUGAAAGGCCACAACAGAGUACAUUUGAGUGGAACGGGCCCGGGACCUUAUCAGUGUAACAUGUGUCCCCACGCCUCCUUAGAUAAGGCAGCUCUAGUACGCCACAUGCGUACACACAAUGGCGACAGGCCCUAUGAAUGUGCUGUGUGCAAUUAUGCAUUCACCACAAAAGCCAAUUGCGAGCGCCACUUAAGAAACAGGCAUGCUAAAAUCACCAGAGAAGAUGUGAAACGUUCAAUAAUUUAUCACCCAUCUGAAGACCCAAACAAUGAUGAGAUAAAUUCAAAAUUAGCGAGAGACGAGGUGAAGAGAUCACUCGCAUUUCAGACGCCGGAUAUCGACAGACGAAAUGAAAGCUCAGGACGCGACACUCCGCUCACUCAUUUCAAUCCUAGCUUCAUUACCGAAAGACAUCCUGUCACAAACUUAACUAGCAAACCGUUACCGUUACCCUUGCCUGAGUCACCACUUCCAAUAACGCGAGAUGUGCCGCAGUCCCAACCACGAAUUAAAGUGAAGGGUAUUGGUCAACUGACUCAAAUACCGGAGUUCAGGCAACCAGACAUAACUUACAAAUCCAACGACGUACACGAUUCAUACGACGAAGAAGCUCCCGUCGACUUGAGCACGAGUGACAAUAACAGUUGUGAUGUUCUUGAUCUAAGUAAAAAGAAAAGAGACAUUGAGUCCGAGGAACCUAAAGUCCCACCACGUCCAUCGUUCGAGCCUGACGCUGCCAGUGUCGCAGCUUCAGCUUUUGAAAAAACAAGAUUCCUUUUAGCGUCCCAGAGAUUAUUUGAGAAUUCCCUUCCUAAAAUUGACCCGGCCUACUACGCAUCGCAAUUGUCCCAACUAUACGCUGGUGCUGUUCCUGGUAUCCCUGGAUUACCCUUACCGCCAUCUUUUCCCAUCACACCUUACCUACUUCAACCUUCCUUUUUUCCGCACCCCACUGAUUCUCAAGAAUUGGCUGAAAUAAAACAGCAUAUACAGAAAGAAAUCAUCAGGGGUUUGAGUAUGUCUGGCGGCAGACUUGUUCCAAAUGAACAAGAAAUUCAGGGAAAAUUAGAGCCAGAAGAAGAAGAACAAAAGCCACCACCGUCCAUCUCUCCGAUACCAUCACCGCACUCUGACUCACCCAGACCACCAAUGACUAAUACCCUCGUUCCCCAAACAGAUUCUGUAAAAAUGGUUAUUAAGAAUGGUGUUUUGAUGCCGAAACAAAAACAACGGCGUUAUAGAACUGAGAGACCCUUCUCGUGCUCUCAAUGCUCUGCCCGCUUUACGUUGCGCUCCAACAUGGAAAGGCAUGUAAAGCAGCAGCAUCCACAGCAUUGGAGCGUGCGGAGACCAGCCCCGAGGGCUCCGCCACCAUACCCUAUGUCCGAUAAUAUGAACGAGAGGAUGAAGUUCGCACUAUUAGCUCGCCAUCUUGAAAGGCCCUUACAACAAUCUGAACGCUCACCCGUUCGUAGAGAUUCUGAUGAAGUGGCAGACAAUGAAGAAGAUGAAGAGGACGCGCUCAUUAUAGACGAAGAGCCUGACCAGGAAAAUAAGGUGGAAGAUCAUACUGCGGCGCGUCGAGCAGCUGCUGAAAUUCUAAUGGCCACUUGCCAACAGGAAAUGGCCAAAGAUUUUGAUGUUAAAAUAGCUGGAAACUUAAUUAACAAACCUCUCCCUAUCAACAAUGACAAGAACGAGUCUGCAAUGAGUUCCGGCUCACCGACGCAGGAACCACUACCUGUACCGGUGGUGCCCACUCGCAGUGAUGAAGAAGAAGAUGAGGAGGGUUUAGUGGCUUCAACUAGCGAGGGCAACAAUUCUGGCAGCGAUGAAAAUAAGUCUGAAACAGACACAGCUUUACCACCGAAGAAAAAGUCAGCGUACAGUCUAGCACCGAACAGGGUAUCGUGCCCCUACUGCCAUCGGAAGUUUCCCUGGUCAUCAUCACUGCGACGCCACGUGCUCACACACACCGGACAGAAACCGUUUAAGUGCCCGCACUGUACGCUUCUAUUUACCACCAAAUCAAACUGCGACCGUCAUCUACUGAGGAAGCAUGGAGGGUCCGCCAGAGCGGUACUGGCUGAGCCAAUCCCUGAGACGGUCUCCCCACCGCAACCAAUAAAUGACUCGCGAGCGGUACCGGAACGGCCAUACAAAUGCGCUACAUGUCCAACUAGCACAUUUUCCUCUCUUGAAACUUUAAAGAAACAUAUGUCCUCGAGACAUGGAUCAGACUCCCAGCCAGGUUCCCCGACCCCUGAAAUCCUGGAAGAAACCAAUGAUGGUGGUCUAGUCUUCAAGUGCCAUCUUUGUGAAGCCUCCUUCGGAGAUAGAAGCGGAGCGUUAUCGCACUUGGCGAGCAGCCACGCGGCCGAGUACGAGCAGCUGGUCAGCAAGGGAGCUUUGGACGCUGCCAGUGACCGAAGUGAAAGCGCUGAUGAUGACGAGAGAGGGAAAUUUCCCGACCAUGCUAACAGAAAGGUGGUCUGUGCAUUCUGUGUUCGCCGUUUCUGGUCAGCAGAGGACCUCCGUCGUCAUAUGAGGACGCAUUCUGGAGAGCGGCCGUUCGCCUGCGACCUGUGCCGACGUCGUUUUACCUUGAAACACAGCAUGCUGCGACAUCGCAAGAAACAUCGGGAGGAAAUCACAGAUGACGAGGAACCGUCUCCUCCAAAUACUCCACUUGAGGAUGGUAUCACUAAUGGGUACCGAUACCAAGAUGAUGACGGUUCGGGUAGCGAAAUUCCCAGCAACGUGAACAACAACAACUCGCCGCCCUCUGCUCCUUACGAGAAGAAACUGAAACUCGACAUGACGUCGCGCAAAUAUUCCUCGGAGGCAGAAAACGACCCUGAGAACAGCGAUCUCAUUGGUAAACUGCUCGGCAUUCCAGAUAAGACUAUCAAUAAGCUUCUCUCGUCCGCCGACGAGGCAGCAAAAAUUUUGGGAGUAAAUAAAUGA